AUGUCUGAGCUGUUGCCUAGCAGUCCCUUGCAGAAGGACUGGCUAGAGCUUCCGCGACAGCUGUACGUGGCUAUCUCCAGUGCAGAAGACGUACAGAAGAAGACCAGUGACCUGGAUCUAUUCAAGACAGGAGAUGCACAACGGAAAGUUCUUGGACACAUUCCCACGAAUGUACAGAAGCUGUCCGGGGGAGCACUCCUUGUCAAUGGCGCAACAGAGUCAGAAGUGACCAGGCUCCUGAACACUAUGACCUUCGGCGGUGUUCCAUGUACAUCUGCGCGGUACCAGAAGUUAAACUGCUCAAAGGGCGUCGUCUGCAGCCAUGAACUGAAAGACUGCUGCAGGAUAGAGGAAAUUGUGGCAAAUUGUGAGGGUGUGACCCACGCCCGCGGGAUUACUCUUCGGCGGGGAAAGAUCACCCUCGAAAUUAAUACGAUAAUUCUAACUUUUGACUCGUGUCGCUCUCCAGCCACUGUUCGGCCAUCUUACUUAGUCUUUGGCGUGCGACCCUAUGUGCCUAACCCUCUGCGCUGCUUCAAGUGCCAGAAGUUCGGCCAUAGUCAGUCGCGAUGCCGAAACGCAGCCUCGUUGUGGCAAGACCGAUCUUCCUGA